AUGAUCCUCCGGUCUUCUCUCGGGAGGUUAGGAGUGGCUCGAGAGUCGCCCUUAUGUUUACAAUGCCUCAACCGCAGCCGGCCUUCUUUCCCCGCAGUCAACAAGCUCGCUUCGAUCUCGCGGUUACAAUCUACUGUUGCUGGGCAAUCACCGUCUUCUUCUGUGAACAAGACGUAUUUUUCCUCGCAUAAGGGUGACAGUCAUCUGACUCCACAACCAUCUCUUUUCACGUCGCUUUCUCCUAGCAAUUCUCCCAGCCAGCUGAAUCGUGGACAUUCAACGCCCAGCACAUCACCGGAGCUGUCGGAGUUGCCUCAUCGCCGAAGAAAGCGGUUAAAGGAAGCGGCAGCACAAAACAAUGGCGCCGAACCAGUGAUUCCACCAGAUGCCUCCGCGCAACUGUCGAAUUUCUCUUCAACGCUCCCCAAAACGUCACUGCGCCGCAAGUUGGCCGCCUUCUUCGCGCUCACUAAACCCCGUCUCUCCUUCUUGGUCCUGCUCUCGACAACUUCGGCAUAUGGGAUAUACCCGGUAUCCUCUAUCCUUGCUCUCGAUCCUACAAUCGCGCCGCUUCCUACCCUUUCUACCUCCACCUUGACAUUCCUUUACUUGACGACCGGGACAUUCCUCUCGGCCUGUAGCGCCAACACUUUGAACAUGAUUUUCGAACCGAAAUAUGACGCCCAAAUGUCACGGACGCGCAACAGGCCUCUGGUCCGUGGUCUCGUCACCCGACGUGCGGCCGUAUUCUUUGCCAUUGCAACGGCCGCCGUGGGGUUGGGUCUGCUAUACUUCGGAACAAACCCCACGGUAACUGGACUGUCCGCCGCUAAUAUCGCGCUCUACGCGUUUGUAUAUACGCCACUGAAGCGAAUGCAUGUGAUAAAUACUUGGAUUGGUGCUAUCGUGGGUGGUAUUCCUCCAAUGAUGGGUUGGGUUGCAGCAGCAGGGCAAGGAGCAACAACGGGACAUGACACCUGGAGGGACAUGCUUUUCGGCGAAAACAGUCUCGGCGGCUGGCUUCUUGGGGGGAUCCUCUUUGCCUGGCAAUUUCCUCAUUUCAACGCUUUAUCGCACACCAUCCGCGAGGAAUACAAGGGAGCCGGAUACAAGAUGCUUUGUUGGACAAACCCAGCGCGCAACGCUCGCGUCGCCCUGCGCUACUCAGUCCUCAUGUUUCCUCUCUCCAUUGGUCUCUGGUGGGCAGGGAUUGUAGGACAUGGCUUCUUAGUUAGCAGCACUGUUGCCAACGGCUGGUUGACGAAAGAGGCUUACGGAUUCUGGAAGCACCAGGGUGCCAAUGGUACUGCUAGAGGCUUGUUCUGGGCCAGUAUCUGGCAAUUGCCAAUCCUCCUUGUUGGAGCUCUCGUCACGAAGAAGGGCCUUUGGGACGGUGUCUGGGGAGGCAUCUUUGGCCAGCCGAUUGAAGACGACGACGAUGAUUACGUAUACUAUGAGGAGGUUUCUCCCGGGAAAACUAUUAACCAGAGCCCUACCAGUCCCUCAAGCCCGGUUGUUUGA